AUGAAUCCUUCGAUGGCGCUGGGUCUCACACAACAACAACAACCACCACAUCAUCAUCAUCACCAUCAAACAACGACCACUUGUACAAGUGGCCCACGACAAAAUGACUCGAUUCCGUCGCAUUCCAUUCCACUACCACCACCACCACCACCAACAUUAACAUUAACAUCGAAUCCUAAUAUUAACCCUUCAUCAUUGAUGACGAUCUAUCCUUUUACAUCCGAGUCCAUUCAUUCAAUGACUCAACAACCCUAUCAUGAUCAUCAUCACCACUACACUCAUAUUGCCACAAAUAAUCAUGUCCAUUCGACUCAUGGAUAUUCUGUACAGUACUAUCACCAUGGUGGAGCAUCGACGACUCAACAACCUCAACAAUAUCAACAAUAUUUGGUGAAGGAAUAUCAACAACAACAUUAUUCACACACUCAACAACCAUCAGUGUCAUUGUCAAACGUUUCGACGACUCUUCGAACGCCCACCAUGCAAUUGGCCGCCCCUUCGAAUUCAUCAAAUGGAUCUUUGAAUUUUCAACAAACAAUGAAUCAUGAACCGGUUGUGCCUUUUGCUUGGAAUUCUUCAGUGCAACAAGAAUAUUCAAAUUAUUAUUCGAAUCCAUCACAAAUUUCAUCUAGUGUUUCUGCACAAAUAUCGAACGUGAUGAAUCAUCAUUAUCAGCAUGAUACAAAACAAGGAGUAGUAUUGAACAAUGAACCAAUCAUGAGGAAUGAAUAUUAUGUGUCGUCACAACAACCAAUUUCACAAUCAAUUUCGCAAUCAUCACAUGUGACACCUAAUUUUGCAAGUAGUCAAUAUUCAACGUCCAGUCAUGCGCAACAACAAUUGAAUAAGAAUAACAAUGGCUAUCCAUUCUCGGAUAAUGUGCCAAUCUCAAAAAUUAGUAAUAAUUUCAUCCCAUCAAAACAAUCUUCUGUUGCAUCAUCAUCGGCCACACAACAGCAACCUUAUCAAUCCAGCAUGACACAACGCACCUCCAUUUCAAAGCCUGCCAAUGAUUACGAUAGUACAGUUUCUAAAAGUUCGAUCAUGUCUCGAUUGAAACCAAUCAAACCAAUUAAGAAUUCGACGACAAACAAUUAUCAUGACGCGAUUCAUGUUCAAGUUCACAAAACUUUACGGUCUACAUUUCACGAAACAUUUUCCAGAUUGGAUUCUCAGCCUCGUUCAGCUGCCAACAAGAGUGUGACACCUCAAUUAUGUGAAACGCUCCAUCGAAAUGCCUUAUUAAGAAAUUAUGAGGAAAAUUAUCAACCCUUCUCUUCUAGUCAGCCACAAGUGACUAGUCGUACGACUAGUAAUAAUUGUCACAUGACUCAAACACAUCAACAAACGUUGCAUACCAUGCAAACUCCAACCAUACCAACGGUACAAUCAUUACGAUAUUCAGAGACACCAUGUGAUGUUCAACUCAUGGCUCACAAUGCCAUCUUGAGAUCAUCACCACCUUCGAGUUCUCAAAUGACAACUACCGAUUCAGGAACUUUUCACUUGACGACAACUCGUAGUACACAACCAAAUGCAAUCCAUCCAAUGGAGGACCACCACCAUUCUAUUUCACAACCAAAGGUUCACCCUAAUCAAUUAUCCUCUGUUACUGCCACUGCCACUGCUACCACAAAUGUUGUUACUUCUAUGAAUCAUUCACAAGUAAUGAAUCAUCAUCUCGACAACAACAAUUAUGACCUAUCCUCUCCUAGUGUCCACAUCAAUCAAUCACAAAUUUCAAACAUUUCUUUCAGAAAACCUAGUCAUUAUCAACGCCUCUCUCAACAACAACAUCUCAUGGCUCCACCACCGUCACCACUCAUUUCCAAAUCCUUUUCCUCAAUGAAUAAUAGUAGAAUGAAUAAUAAUAUCACGACGACGACGACGAGUUUCCUGGUCACAGAGCCAACAAUUUCCACCACCGCCACUCAACAACCAUCUCAUCCUUCAACGAUUGAGACCUCAACACCUCCAAAUGCAUCCAUUCAACAACCACAGCCACAUCGAUCCAUGUCACCAUUUCCUUCUUCGAAUGCAAUCACAAUUCUUAAUUCCUCAAAAUCUCCAAUGAUUGAUCAUAAAACAAGUUUGAAUUCUCCACUUCAAACACCAAAAACUCUUUCCACCACAAAUAAUUAUGAAAAUUUUGUGGUGACACACAACAAUGCUCCCAAUCUUACAUCCUCUCCUCACUCACUCAACGUCAUGCACAGCCAUCAGCAGAGAACAACUCCUCAUCAUCCUGUUCCUCUCAAUUUUCAAUCCAUUCCAGUCGAAUCGUCAUCACAAGAACCCUCCCCUUCUGCUCGUGUUGGUAAUCAACAACAUUUGAAUCAUCAUGAUCGGCAACAACAAGAAGGAAUUCAUGCCCAAUCGUUUUCUCUUCCACCACCAUCUUCUCAAAGUGUCAUUUCACAUGAAUUCCAAGGUGACCAUAUUCAUACUUCAAUGACUCAUCAACAUUCUCAGUUGCGACAGGACUCGACGACGAUGAUGAACAACAAGACCAUGGUGACUACUACCACCAACCAUGGAACAGCUCCUCAAUCCUCUCCAACCUUCAAUGGUCACGUGGCACUCGUAUCAUCUUUGAAUCAUGAUCCCUAUGCAUCAUUGCAUUUGACAAGUGGUGUCACGACAAGUAGUAGUAGGCCAACACAUCCAGAGUCCAUUCAUCAUCAUUUGGUGUCACAACCUUCUCCACAGGUCAGUCAUUCUCUUUCACAACCAAUUCCAAUGGCACAAUCAAUGCCCUUUUCUUCCAUUUCAACCAUGCAUCAUCAUAAUUGUGAAACACUGAACAGCAAAGGUGAUGAUGGAAUGUAUCCAAUGACCACAAUCACUCGACAUGACAUGAAUGAUACGAAUCCAUCAAUGCCACCACCACCACCAUCAUUACAAAAUGCUGAAACAUCAACAUUGGUUGAACUCGAAUCUAGGAUUGGAAACGAUCAUGGAAUCAUCCAUCAGAAAAAGACAUCAUUCAUCAAUGAAAAUGUCUCCAUUCCUCCUCGUGAUGAUCCUAAUGAUGAGCACAUUCAUCCUAAUGAUGUACAAGUCAUUUCUGACACAGCAAGUCAUGGAGACGAAUUGCAAGAUCCAUUUCAGAAUCAUGAUGAAGAAUUUUCAAAAACAUUAAGGUUGGAAUUGAGGAAACUUCGAAAAUUUGUUCAUGGCAUUGAUGAAAAUUGCACCACUAUUCUUUCAAGCCCAAUUUCCAAACGUUACAAGAAUAAGGCCUAUCGAUCCAGUUGGAUCAACAAGACUAAAGAUGGACAUGUCAUUUUCCUUAAAAGAGACUGCAAAUUUAAGAAACGAAGAAAUCUGAGAAGGCAAAGCAAAAAACGAACAAGUGUGAAUCAAGGCGAUUUGUCAAGCAAGCCAGUGAGGUCAAUGAUGAUAUCACCUCCAUCCAUACCUCCAUCAACGCCCAUUCACAAGCAAUCCUCGUCACGUGAACGUGUGAAACCUUCGCAUCAGAAACAAGUCACAACGACACCUUUACCCUCUCCCAUUGUUAGUCCAAUUGUUUCCAAAGUCUCCACUGUGCAAAGAUUGAGACAUCAUGAGAUGGAAGCUUCUGAGGAUGCCAUUCUUUUGAGACGAUUAAGCCAAAUUGAAAAUCCUUAUUAUACAAAUGAUCCUUGGAGUGAGAUUGAAAUGUUGCAAGUACCCGAUGUUUCGACUCGAUCCAAACAAAGCAACAAGACCAAUGAGAAGAAUGAAUUAUCUGAAAUGUUGAAAGGAUUUAUUUAA